GUAAUGUACCGGUCGUUUCAUGUGUAAGCUGAAAUCUGUGCUCUAACUAUAGCUGCUCGUGGGGGACGCACCUAAUGUUUCACCUCAUAAUUGCUCAGAUUUCGAAAGAACUAUAGGAAACAGAUCAAAAUGAAGAUUUGUUUGCACUGAAGAGGAAGACAAAGUUGCUUUUAACGUUCCAAGCCCUCGCACUGUACUUCUAAAGCAGGGCAGGUAGUCAUGGAAGCACCCCAUCUGCAUUUAGGAGGUAAACCAAGUGAGAAUGGUUUUGUUACAAAACAAGAGACAUCCGAAGCGGCAGAGGAACCUUUACUUAAAGAAAACCCACGCCGUUUUGUAAUAUUCCCCAUCCAGUACCCAGAUAUUUGGAAAAUGUACAAACAAGCCCAGGCAUCUUUUUGGACCGUCGAAGAGGUCGAUUUAUCAAAAGACCUUGCCCACUGGGACAGAUUAAAACCGGAGGAGAAAUAUUUUAUUUCUCAUAUUUUGGCCUUCUUUGCUGCUAGUGAUGGAAUUGUUAAUGAGAAUCUGGUUUCCAGGUUCAGUCAGGAGGUGCAGGUCCCUGAAGCUCGAUGUUUCUAUGGAUUUCAGAUCCUCAUAGAAAAUGUACACUCCGAAAUGUACAGCCUUCUGAUAGACACGUAUAUCAGAGAUCUGAAGGAGAGGGAAUUUCUGUUUAAUGCCAUUGAGACUAUGCCGUGUGUGAAAAAGAAAGCUGACUGGGCACUUCAGUGGGUCUCUGACAAACACUCAACUUUCGGGGAGCGGAUAGUAGCAUUUGCAGCAGUAGAAGGGAUCUUCUUCUCUGGUUCUUUUGCUGCGAUAUAUUGGCUGAAAAAAAGAGGAUUAAUGCCUGGGCUUACGUUCUCUAAUGAGCUCAUUAGCAGAGACGAGGGCCUCCACUGCAACUUUGCCUGCUUAAUGUUUAAAAAUAUUGCCAACAAACCAUCAGAGGAACGAGUAAAAAACAUCCUUUUAAGUGCUGUUAGUAUUGAACAGGAGUUUCUCACUCAGUCAUUGCCCGUGAAUCUCAUUGGAAUGAAUUGCACUUUGAUGAAGCAGUAUAUAGAAUUUGUGGCUGAUCGUCUAUUAACAGACCUAGGAUUCUCAAAAUUCUUCAAAUCUGAAAAUCCUUUUGACUUUAUGGAGUCCAUUUCUCUUGAAGGAAAAACCAACUUCUUUGAAAAGCGGGUUGCAGAGUAUCAGAGACUUGGGGUGAUGUCGGGUGCAAUGGACACCACCUUCACACUAGAUGCUGACUUUUAAAAAAAAAUGUUCAUUUUCAGGGUUUAGGAGACAGUGUACGGCGUGCAUUGCUUGAAUAGUGUGUGAGGUAGUGGCAGUGUUCAGCCAUUUUUCUUGGGGUUUCUUUUGACGAGCGUAAACUUACAAAGACAUGACAUUUGUUUUAGGCAGCGUAUCUUGAUAUGUCCGAUUCGGUUAUAAAUUAUUUUUAUAUAGUUUACGAGGGGGCUCUGCCCGCUGCUCACUUUGCUCGCCAAUCCCCGGGCGGGCGAUAUACGCUAGCCACUUCACGGAUCUGCCGCUCAUGUAUGGGGAAGCGUUUGUACAAUUUGAACAGAUUGUUAUUUUCAUGGGAAUUGUUACAUAUGCAUAAUAGAACUAUUUUACAUUACAGUGAGUAAUUAACCAUAGUGAAAAAUAGUAAACCAUAAUAAAUUGAAAGAAACUUAUGUUUCAUGUUGCGUUAGUGGUAUUCGUCACGUUAUAGGUUUUUGUUCUGUUUGGCUUUGAAAUUAACACAAACAAACUUUUUAAACUUACACUUUUACUGUAAAAACUUCAGUAAAAACAAUAUUUGGAAUUAACUUUUCGUCAGUAUCGCAUUGAAUUUAGAUUCCAUGUUUGGACUUACAUCAUGACAACGCAACGUAUAACUGCCCAUGAGUGAAUAUCGUUUCUUUCUCUCUAAUAAAUAAACCGAAUCUCUGUCCCUGUGAUUUGUUGUCAUAGCAAAAGCUAUUGUAAUGGGAAACUGUAAACGUUUUAAUACGAAUGGCAUAUCAAGAUCUCCUUUGGUGUCUAAUGUUGGAACAUUACCUUUCUUGUCGCCUGUUAAAAUUUUACAUUUCAAAAUUGUUCGACCAAUUUUGAAUACAACUAAUCUUGUCCUAUUGCAUAGCCCAUCACUCAUAUAUAAAUUAUGCAAUAACAUUGCAAUACAUUCUUCUUUAAACAAUAAUUCGUGUAGUGGAAGACUGGACGGUGUUAACGGUUGUAGAUAUUCUUCAUUACAGUAAUCCCUCGUUAUAUCGCGCUUCGCCUUUCGCGGCUUCACUCCAUCGCGGAUUUUAUAUGUAAGCAUAUUUAAAUAUAUAUCGCAGAUUUUUUGCUGGUUCGCGGAUUUCUGCGGACAAUGGGUCUUUUAAUUUCUGGUACAUGCUUCCUCAGUUGGUUUGCCCAGUUGAUUUCAUACAAGGGACACUAUUGGCAGAUGGCUGAGAAGCUACCCAACUUACUUUUCUCUCUCUCUCUUGCGCUGACUUUCUCUGAUCCUGACGUAGGGGGAUUGAGCAGGGGGGCUGUUCGCACACCUAGACGAUACGGACGCUCGUCUAAAAAUGCUGAAAGAUUAUCUUCACGUUGCUACCUUCUGUGCAGCUGCUUCCUGAAGUGACAUGCUGCACGGUGCUUCACAUACUUAAAAUCUCGAAGGGCACGUAUUGAUUUUUGCUUGUUUGUUUUUCUCUGUCUCUCACUCCCUCUCUCUCUGCUCCUGACAAGAGGGGGUGUGAGCUGCUGCCUUCAACAGCUUUGUGCCGCGGUGCUUCGCAUAUUUAAAAGCCAAACAGCCCUAUUGAUUUGUUUGCUUUUCUCUAUCUCUCUGACAUUAUCUGCUCCUGACUUGCACUCCUUUGAAGAGGAAGAUAUGUUUGCAUUCUUUUAAUUGUGAGACGGAACUGUCAUCUUUGUCUUGUCAUGGAGCACAGUUUAAACUUUUGAAAAAGAGACAAAUGUUUGUUUGCAGUGUUUGAAUAACGUUCCUGUCUCUCUACAACCUCCUGUGUUUCUGCGCAAAUCUGUGACCCAAGCAUGACAAUAUAAAAAUAACCAUAUAAACAUAUGGUUUCUACUUCGCAGAUUUUCUUAUUUCGCGGGUGGCUCUGGAACGCAACCCCCGCGAUGGAGGAGGGAUUACUGUAUAUUGUAUGCUGAUGUUUUCAUUUUUCACACCAUCACCACCAACUGUUUCAGCAUAGUCUAUUAAUACGCAUUUAACCAAUUUUCCGUGUAACUGACAAUUUUCGCAUUAAUUCGUUUGACUUCAUUGUUUUUCGGUGAUAGGAUUGCCUGUGUACUCAUUUCUUCUGUUGAUAACCCUUCAGGAUGAAAUUCUUCAAUAAGAUUUGGACAUAAUAAGUCUUUUAUUGGGAACUUAAAGUGAGGAAAACGUAAAAAUUUAUAAGAGCUAAGAGCGCAGGAACUGUGUUUGACAAAAGCAUUCACAUUAAUGAGAGGACUGUGGGCGAGGGCCGUUAACCAUAAAUGGUUGAGAGGAGGGUGGGACUUGAACAAAUCUCUUGGCAAUAGUCUCAUCUCAAUUAUUUCUUUUAUAAUAGAGAGAUCUGGGUAAAUAUGCACACAGCACAAAGAGUAAUUCGUUACCUGCCUGGAGCGGCUUCAGUUGCAUGUUCUUGUUUUUUUCAUGUUUGUUUCCUUCAGCAGCCCAAAGAUGUACUGUAAUGUUGAUUAUUAACUGAAGUGAGGUAUAUGGAGUAUGGUACUACUUGUUUAGAAAAGACAAUACCUUCUGCCAGUCCUUGCCAAGGCUCAAGUGCUGCAGCUCACCACAGCCAUGACUUUGCUAAAAGCAGGUGAGUAGGAAGACGAGUCAAAUAACAUUUUAAAAGUUUUGUAAUGUAGCCAUGUUUCCACCCUGUACACAAUGAAUAUGCCUUGUCUUUGUAAGUCACGUUGAAUACUUUAUUGCUAUUUAUUCAUUUAUUUAUUAUUCUGGAAAAUAUGGUUGCAAAAAAUUGCAUUCUCAGUAUUGCAGAAAUAACCAGAAGCUGCAAAUAUUUGCUGAACGUAAGUCUACAUUCGUGAAAUAAAUCAUAUAUUUCAAACAUUUAAACUGUCAUUGGUCCAGGACAGUCUACAAUAAAACAAAUACAUGUACAGACUUUAUAAAAAUAUUCAUCCUCUUAGAGGUUUUCACAUUAUGUUGUUUUGCGACAUUGAAUGUUAGAUUUAAUUUUGCUUUUUUUUUUUUUUUUUUUGCAUUGAUCAACAGAAAAGUACUCUUUUGAAAAUGGAUAUCUGCAAAAAAGUCCAAAUUAACUACAAACAUAAAACAAUUUACCUCCUAAGUACUCACCCCCUUCAAGCCAGUGUUUAGCAGAUGCACCUUUGGCAGCCAUGACAGCCUUGAGUCUGAAUGCACAGCUCCCUCUCAGCUUUGCACAUCUGGACACAGCCAUUCCUCCCCCAUUCUUCUUUGUAAAACUGCUCAAGCUCUGUCACGGUGCACGAGGCUUGUGAGUGAACAGCCUUUUACAAGCACAGUCACAGAUUCUGGAUCGAGAUCUGGACUCUGACUCUGCCACUCCAGGACAUUUAUGUUGGUUUUAGGCUGUUCCUGUGUAGCUAUGGCACAAUUGUCUGCACAGUCUGUCCAAUCAGACCCACUGUGGCUUGUAAUUCCUUCAGAUUUCUCAUAGGUCUCUCGUUGUCGUUCCUCGCUAUUCGUCAUCUUGCGUGAUCACUCUGUUUUUGUGGUAAGCUUGCCUAAGGUGGAUUUACAGCUGACUCUUUCCAUUCCUUCAUUGUUGUUUAACUGCACUCCAGACAAAUUCAAUGAAUUGGGUGUUUUCUUGUCUCCAACCCUGGAGUUUUCAAUCACCUUUUUGUGGAGUUGCUUGAAGUGCUCUUUUUGUCCUUAUUUUGUAGAUUAGACCACCAUACUAACUCACCACAAGUGAGACCUUCUAGAGUAGGUACAUUUAGACUGCAGUAAAUUUAAAGCCUAGACAGGUGAUCUCCGUUUAACUUUCAAUUCUGUGACAUCUAAAACCGAUUAGCUGCACCAGUGAUCAUUGAGGGGUGUUGUAUCAAAGGGGUGGAAACGUUCGUAAUCCAUUAUUUAAAACAUUAGUAAUUAAUUUAGACAUCUUUGCAGAGAUUUGUUAUCACUUUGACAUUAAAGAGUCCUUUUUCUGUUGAUGAAUGUCAAAAAAGCCAAAUUAAAUUAGAAUCAGGAUCAAUUUUACUCACCAGUAUGCAAUACACAGGAAUUUAGCUUGGCAGCUUUGGUGCUGCUUUUGACAGAAAAGAAAAUCAUGCAGAAUUAACAUAAAUUAAACAACAUAAAUGUUAAACAGCUGUAGAAUAGCUCAGUUAAAAAAGAUGUGCAAAAAAAUGGAUGCAAGCACAUGUGUAUAUAUUCAUAUACAUAUAUAAAAGAACAAACAAAUAAGCGGGGAAGACAGGCACAUAAAGCAUUUACCAGAACCACUGGGAUUCAAUAAUGUAUAGCAAGAAAAUGUGAAAACUGCCAAGGAGGUGACAUAAAUUAUUAUUUAUAAUAUAGUUGGAAACUACGGAAGCUGAGAGAGGACAUGCAAUAUCGUUAUUUUUUAAAAUUGUCUCCUCAAGAUAACGGAAUAAUUUUAUCGCAAUCUCAAGAAAACAAACUUAACCUUUGCUCCUGGCAUCAGGCUCGCUUAGAUUGUGACGCCUAUACAACUGAAACCUUGCUAACCGUCUACUUAAAUGACAGACACUAACAUUAUUAUUUUCUAAACUAAGGCAUAAACAUAUUUCAGCCUGCGUGAGCCCCUGAUUGAACAAAAAUGUGACACGCUGAUCAAUACACUUCUGCUCUUCUGCCAUUUCAAACAGGACGUGGCUUCAAUAAGCUAAACAUGAAAUGUUAGAUACAAUUAUUUCAUAAUUUCGAGAAAACAAGAUCUUUUGUUUUAAUCGAGAUCUCGAUAAAAGUAGUCCGUUAUCACGAGGAAACAAUUUAAAAAAAAUAAUAAUAUUGCACGUCCUCUCUCGGCUUCCGCAGGAAACAAACAAAUAACAUUUGAUUUUUUUGAUAGAUGACACUAGUAAAUUCUGUCUGAACCUGUUUACCAAUUUAUUAUUAUGUGGAUCUUAUUGAAUUUUAAAUUACUUAAUCAAAGAAAACAUAACAUAACUUUAACUUGUUUAGCUUUAAAUAUGAUCAUUAUUUACUGUACAGUACUUAUACUUUUUGUGGAAAAUAGGCAACAGGGUUUUUUUUCGUUUUGGAAGGCAGUAUCUGGCACAGCAGGCUUAAUUGAAAACAUGGACUGCUCCUUUAUAAUUUAUCACCAUUCAUUUUUGGCACAUUCAGUAUGUGACCUAAUAAAUACUUUUAGCAUAUCUGCUAAACAUUGUGACUUAAUUUAAAAUAGUUUGAUUCUCUUUUUCUGUAAUUUGAGCUCUUUUUUAAUUCUAUAGAGAACACACAGCCAUCUUUGUUAAAUUGUCUUUAGAUAGAACUUUAUUUGUCCCCAGAGGGAAAUCUGGAUUUUUAUAGAAGUGCUUUAAAUAAAUAAGUAUGUAAAUAGGUAGAUAAGUAAGUAAUUAAAUAUACAUACACACACUUUGGUCUGAACGCACACCAGAAUGACUAUAAAGCAAGAAAAUUGAAAAAUGCUGACAUGACAGUCCCAGUUACAGUGAGAUAUUAUGCAGGCAUAUUACUGUUGGUAUAAAGGAGCCCCCAGUCACGUUUCUUGACACACGUCUGCUGUAUAAUUUGAUGGCUGACUGUCCUCACAGUGUUAGUGUGUCAAGAGACGGGAUGUGCAGUAUUGUUCAUAAUGGCACUUGUUUUAAUUGUCUUAAGUCUCUCCUUCACUAAAACCUCCUGGGUGUUCAGAGUGCUUCCCAUAAGUUAUUCUGCCAUUUUAGUUAGUCUGUUGAUUUAGUGGGCCUCUCUUGAAGUGAUGUUACCAGCCCAGCACAUCACAACAUAGAAACUGUUCAUAAUGUCAUUCAUAAUGGCACUCAGUUUUAUAAUUUUCUCCUUCACUAUGACCUCCUGGGGGUCCAGGCUUUGUAACAAUGACUUCUGUUGUGUGUCCUGUCCAGCAUGAUUUAACUUUUAAGAUGCUGUGAUCUACAAAGGUGCCCUUGACUGAUGUCAAGGCCAGCGUUCCAAUAAAUGUUUUUAUAGAGGCAAUUGAGGUGCAAUCAAGAAGAUAUAAUAGAAAUGGAGAAAUAGUUUGUGAAUACACACAGCUCUGCUGUUUGUGAUCCUGACGACACAAGGUUGUGGUCUUACUGACUGACACCUUAUUUAAGGCUUCACUGGUCCCCCAAAUAGUAGUCUUCUUCUUUCCUCUGCUCCUUCUCUUUCUCUUGCCUCGUCGGCCAGCUUUCCUUAAGUGCUCGUGACUUUGCUACACCAUGUUCCAGAUUCCCUGGUUGCCAUUAGAGAGGCCCUUAUAAAUGGUUUCCGGCAUCAUCCAAAUUGGGAUGAGAAGUAUUUUCAAGCUGUGAGAAUUUCACUGCACUCUGAACACAUGACAACAAUAACCCUAUAAACCUCAAUUUACUCUGUUGGCUUAUUUUCUUAGGAGUCUAUACAUAUAACGGUUUUUAAGAAAUUGCAAAAAUGAAAAUUUGAACCGUAUUAGUAACUAAAAUACUAAUGAUUGUUAGACAUCACAGUCAAAUUUGCAGCUUCUGAAAUUGUGAUACAGUAAUGCUCCAUAACUGUAAAAGUUGCUGUGUUAUAUUUAUGGAUGGAUGGCUUUACUUGGAUUUUUAGGAAACCAAAAAAGGUCUGUUUACCAAAUGUUUUAUUUUAAAAUAGCUAGAGCUUAUUUAUGAAUUGAAAGUGAAACUGUUACACUUACUGCAGACGAAGAUGUGUUAACCUAAGCAGUAUGAUAAAGAUAAAAAAAAAAAAUAGUGUGCUGAUGGGAAAUAAAAGGAAAAAAUGUUAA